UAAAUUUCUUUACCGCUCCUUUACUUUGUUCUUAUUGUUCAUUUUUCAUUUAAUUUUUAAACAAGGUUAAGGCAAUGCACAUGCUGGAGCAUUCACUUGUUCCAAACCCAGUGGCGGCGCCCGUUGACGGCGGCGGAAAUUCGGUGACCUGCCCGGAGACAGUGAUGAAAGGGGUAGUGGGGUGUUUAAAGGACAGAAAAAUAUCAAAAUCAGCAAGCAAAGUAUUAUUAGCACUUUGUUUGUCGGAGAAUAACCGACACGUGGCGGUCGAGGCAGGAGCUGUAGGGGUAGUGGUGGAAGUUUUGUCGGACUUGGAAGUUGCGGCGGCAGAGCGGUCGUUAGCGGCGUUGGAACUGCUGUGUAUGGUGGCGGAAGGGGCGGAGGAAGUAAGGACGCACGCGCUGGCGGUGCCGAUGAUGGUGGAAGUUAUGGGGAGAUUGGAAGGGAGUCGAGGGAAGGAAUAUGCUAUUGGUGUGUUGGCGGUGAUAUACGGCGGCGCGUGUGACGGUGCGCCGGUGAAUGCUCCGCCGGAAGAGGUGGCCCGUGCGGUGAUGUUGGCUUUGCAAGGUGAUUGUAGUGCUAGAGGGAGGAGAAAAGGGGCUCAGCUUCUAAAAAUCCUGCAAAAUUAUGGACGGCCCGACCCGACCCAGGAAGUGGAGGAAGUGGAGCCCCGACCCGUUUGAAACCUUGUUUGUUUUCAAUAUGUAAUGCUUAACUAGUGACCUAUGCUCUGUGUGAAAAUAGCCAUUUUCAUUUAAUUUUUUUUUCUUAAUAAUUUGUUAUAUAUUAGUUUUAGAUUUUAAUGUAAAUACCGUAAAAAUUGAAAUCUUUACUUCUUAGAAGUGUAAUUUCUCGA